AUGGGUACAGGCAUUGUUGAGUUAUCUCCCAGACAACCGUUUAUCAUACAAGGUCACUCUGACAAUGGUCUUAAGCAUGAUGACCCCAAAAAUCAUGAGGAAUCAUCUACUAGUCAGGCCAAACCUUCAAGUCAAGUUUGGUGGCCAUGGGAAAAUGGCCCUAAUUACGAGUAUAUAAACCACCCUCAGAUACUCCAUUCUUCAGAAGACAUAUUUUCUCCAGAAAACAAGAUGUCCCUGUCCACCGUUUUAUUGUUGGUUGUGUGUUUGACGGCGACUCGUUUUCUGUAUAUACACGCAGCAGUCGUAUUCACAUGUGACGAAACCGGUCUAAUUUCUAUAACAACGUUUCCAUCGAAAGCCAACAAGAUUGCCAUUGACUCCUCGAAUACAGUUUUAACGAUAGAUGACUCAACCUCCGGAAUCCUAAAAAUUGCCGCUGGAAAGGAUGCGCAAAUCACAGUUGCGUUUUCGGACUAUGACAUGUCCACCGUCAAAGCUUUUGCCGGCGAUGCCGAGGCUUACUCGUUGCAGUGCACCGAAAUUGACAGUACUGGAGUUAGUAAAACGGUGACGGCGAGCGCUGCAGCAUCAAUCAGCACAGAUCUGAACACAGUAACGCCUACGUACACUGUAUCAUCGAGGAUUACGGCUACAAAUGACGACGCUACAGCUAUCUCCAGUGUAACUGUUGGAAAUGAUUUCCUCUACGUAAUUGUAGUUCCAAGUGUAUACACAAUUAGUGUAGUAAGCUGCGAUGCUUUUGCGCAUGACGGAUCAUCGAAGGUCGCAGCUCUUACUGUUGCCUUGCUUGGCGCAAGCGGGUAG